UCCGUGGCUUCCGGCGGGGAGCCGGGCGGCGGGCGGCGGUCCGGCAGCCGCGGGGCCGGGGGCGCGAUUGGGUGGGGGGGGCGCCCAAGAUGGCGGCGGGCGGCGCGGAGGGCGGCUCGGGACCCGGCGCCGCCAUGGGGGACUGCGCGGAGAUCAAGUCGCAGUUCCGCACCCGCGAGGGCUUCUACAAGCUGCUGCCCGGCGACGGCUCAGCUCGCAGGUCGGGGCCGGCUUCCACCCAGACCCCGGCGCCGCCCCAGCCGCCGCAGCCCCCGCCCGGCCCGGCCUCCGCCUCCGGCGCGGGCGCCGCGGGCUCGGCGCCGUCCCCGCCGCCCGCAGGCCCCGGGCCCGGGCCCGCGCUGCCCGCCGUGCGCCUCAGCCUCGUGCGCCUCGGGGAGCCCGACGGCGCGGGCCCCGGGGAGCCGCCCGCCACGCCCGCCGGCCUGGGCGCCGGGGGCGACCGCGUCUGCUUCAACCUGGGCCGCGAGCUCUACUUCUACCCCGGCUGCUGCCGCCGCGGGAGCCAGCGGUCCAUUGACCUCAACAAGCCAAUCGACAAGCGGAUCUACAAGGGCACCCAGCCCACCUGCCACGACUUCAACCAGUUCACUGCUGCCACGGAGACCAUCUCCCUGCUGGUGGGGUUCUCGGCUGGCCAGGUGCAGUACUUGGAUCUCAUCAAGAAGGACACCAGCAAGCUGUUCAAUGAAGAGCGCCUGAUCGACAAGACCAAGGUGACAUACCUGAAGUGGCUGCCAGAGUCAGAGAGCCUGUUCCUGGCAUCCCACGCCAGCGGCCACCUGUACCUGUACAACGUGAGCCACCCGUGCGCCUCCGCCCCGCCGCAGUACAGCCUGCUCAAGCAGGGGGAGGGCUUCGCUGUCUACGCUGCCAAGAGCAAGGCGCCCCGCAACCCACUGGCCAAGUGGGCAGUGGGCGAAGGGCCCCUCAACGAGUUCGCCUUCUCGCCCGACGGCCGGCACCUGGCCUGUGUCAGCCAGGAUGGCUGCCUGCGUGUCUUCCACUUUGACUCCAUGCUCCUGCGGGGGCUCAUGAAGAGCUACUUUGGGGGCCUGCUGUGUGUGUGCUGGAGCCCCGACGGGCGCUACGUGGUGACGGGUGGCGAGGACGACCUGGUCACCGUGUGGUCCUUCACCGAGGGCCGUGUGGUGGCCCGAGGCCAUGGCCACAAGUCCUGGGUCAACGCUGUGGCCUUUGACCCCUACACUACAAGGGCCGAGGAGGCCGCAUCAACCAAGGACGGGGACCUGAGUUGCGAGGAGGAGGAAGAGGAGGAGGCCGAGGCCCCUGGCCUGGGUGUGGGCGCCCCGCUGUCCCCGCUGCCCAAGGCCGGCUCCAUCACCUACCGCUUCGGCUCAGCGGGCCAGGACACGCAGUUCUGCCUGUGGGACCUCACAGAAGAUGUGCUCUACCCGCACCCACCCCUGGCCCGAACCCGCACCCUCCCCAGCACCCCAGGCACCACGCCGCCCGCCAGCAACUCCCGUGCUGCAGAGCCGGCCCCUGGGCCCCUGCCACGCUCACUGUCUCGCUCCAACAGCCUCCCGCACCCGGCGGGCAGCGGCAAGACCGGAGGCCCAGGCACUGCCACCGAGCCUGGCACCCCGUUCAGCAUCGGGCGCUUCGCCACCCUCACGCCGCAAGAGCGGCGGGAACGCGGGGCUGAGAAAGAGCACAAACGCUACCACAGCCUGGGUAACAUCAGCCGCGGGGGCGGCGGGAGCAGUGGAGGCAGCAGCGGGGAGAAGCCCAGCGGCCCUGCGCCCCGCAGCCGUCUGGACCCAGCCAAGGUGCUGGGCACGGCCCUGUGCCCUCGCAUCCACGAGGUGCCGCUGCUGGAGCCCCUGGUGUGCAAGAAGAUCGCCCAGGAGCGCCUCACCGUCCUCCUCUUCCUGGAGGACUGCAUCAUCACCGCCUGCCAGGAGGGCCUCAUCUGCACCUGGGCCCGGCCGGGCAAGGCGUUCACAGAUGAGUCCGAGGCCCAGGCAGGGGAAGGAAGUUGGCCCAGGUCACCCAGCAAGUCAGUGGUAGAGGGCAUCUCCUCCCAGCCAGGCAACUCCCCCAGUGGCACAGUGGUAUGAAGUCGCGGAUGUCGGGGCUCCCACCCCCCACCCCACCCCCGCCCCAGCCUCCUAACCAGAACCCUGCCCGCUGACCUCACCGAUCUACAUAUUAACAAGACUAACCCUGACGGAUGGACUGCUCCGGUCCCCUGACCUGCACAAAUUGGGGGGACAGGGUCCCCGAGACUGUAGUGGGCUGCCUGGCCUCCACCUUGUCCCCACCCACUGCCAAGGAUGGCCAGCUGGCCCCUCCCGGAAGCAUCAGUGUUAGUCCAGUCCCUGUCCCCAGCAUGUGACUGGUCAUUCCUGGGGGGAGCUCCCCCCUGCAGUACCCCUCUCAAGCCUGGGUGGGGCAGGGGUGGCAUGCCCACUCCUGGCCACCCCCCCAACUCUCCACCCCUGCUAUUUGUGCUUUUGAAGAGUGUUAAAUUAUGGAAGCCCCUCAGGGGCCCUCCCUGUCCCCCAGACCCUCUUAUUUAUACUAAAGUUUCCUGUUUUCACAGU